GCCGGGCGGGCCCGGGGCCGGGGCCAUGGCGCUGCCCGUGCUGUCCAGCUCGGCCGUGAAGUUCCGCCGGGUCCUGGCGCACUUCCCGCAGGAGCUCAGCCUGGCCUUCGCCUACGGCUCCGGGGUGUUCCGGCAGGCGGGGGCCUCGGCCGAGCACGGCGAGACAAAUAUGCUGGACUUCGUGUUUGCUGUUGAUGAUGUUGUGACCUGGCAUAUGACAAACUUGUUAAAGAACAGGAGUCAUUAUUCCUUCCUUAAAUUUUUUGGGCCCAAAAAGAUAAGUACCAUACAGGGAUAUGGAGCAGGGAUUUACUACAACACCUUAGUGCCAUGCAAUGGCAGGAUGAUAAAAUAUGGAGUAAUUAGCACUGAUGCCCUGAUUGAAGAUUUGCUCCACUGGAAAACUCUCUAUGUGGCUGGGCGCCUGCAGAAGCCGGUGAAAAUCCUGGCCCAGAAUGAGAACAGCAGGCUGCAAGCUGCUCUUGUCAGCAACCUGAAGAGUGCAGUGAUAGCAUCCUUCCUCAUGCUGCCAGAGAGCUUCUCUGAAGAGGACCUUUUCCUGCAGAUUGCUGGCCUCUCCUACUCUGGUGAUUUCAGAAUGAUCAUAGGAGAAGACAGAUUCAAAGUGCAGAACAUAGUGAAGCCCAACAUUGCCCAUUUCCAGAAGCUGUACAGUACCAUACUGCAGGACUGCCCUCAAGUGGUGUACAAGCACCAGCUGGGAAGGCUUCAGAUUGAUAAAAGUCCAGAAGGUCAGUUUACACAACUUAUGGCUUUGCCAAAGACUCUGCAACAAAAGAUAACUGCUCUGGUAAACCCUCCUGGAAAGAACAGAGACGUGGAAGAAAUUUUACUGCAAGUUGCCCAUGACCCUGACUGUGGAUAUCUGGUGCAUCAAGGCAUUUCAGCAAUUGUGAGAUCCUCCAGUAUAGUGCAGAGUGCUAAAACCAUCCUGACAGCUGGGGCAAAGAAAUCUGUGAUCUACAGUUUGAAGAAAUUAUAUAAGAUGGCAAAGGGAGAGUUAAAGAAGCCAUCCUGAGUCUGUACAUACUGUGUAUGGGUAAAUAAAUGGUACUUUUUCUCUAAAUGUUUUGCAGAUGUGACUUUGCAUACUUGAGAAGAUUACAGUGUAUUUAAAAAGUCUGUUCUGAUGAUUUACAUGCCCAAUUUUCUUAAUGAAAUAGGAACUUUUUUAAUGGGAGGUUUGUUGGCAAUGGGGCAAAAGAAUUCUAGCUGUAAAUACUGAAAUGAAUUUUCCUGUGUAUUUUGAAGAACCUUAAGUAAAAAAGGUUGAUUGUACAGAUGGAUUAAAACCCAAAUUACUCAUUUUUUAUGUGGUGGUAGCAGCUUUACUUCCCCAAAUACCCUCAGAGUCUCAAAAUCACCAAUAUCCCAACUUUAGUUCUUUUAGGGAUUUCCAGAACUGGAGAAUCCCUUGAGAUUUCAGUAGAUAUGAACCUGCCCUCUGACAUUGCUGCCCUGCCAGGUUCAUCCUUGGAAUUCCUCUGAGGAUGCUCCCUGUGGCAUCUUGAAUCCCAAAAACUGCCACAGUGUGGGAGAGGGGAAAGAGCAGCUUGGCAGCUGUCACAUCCUUUAAUAAGGAUAUUUAAUAAUAUUCAUAGAUAAGGAUAUUUCAUAAUAAUGAAAUAGUGUGUUCCUCUCGUGAGGCUGAGAUGAAAAGUGCCCAAUUCAUGGCCUUUAUCACAAGGGCCAGAGUUGGAAGGAAAAUCAGAAUUCCAGGGAUCUCUUUGGGCACACUUAUGCAGUGUUUGUUGUUUGGCAGAAGAUUUCAUCAAAACACUUGAAAAUUUGGAAUAUUAUGAACAAAAGCACAAGUUGGUUACUUCUUUGAUUAUCUUUUUUUUUUCCCUUAAAAUACUGCCCACAAAGAUGAAACUUGAGCUCCCGUUAAAUGAGCUAAACCAAAGAGAAUUGAGUUUGACAUGGCUUGUUGCAUUAAUCAUGCCAUGAAGGAAUGGCCAUGGCUGGCAGGAUCCAUGUCUGCUGCUAGAAACUGGGAGGAUCUUUUAUAAAUAGAAUAUUUUUCACACUGACUCAGGUGGGUUUGCUAAUUUGGGAAAUUUUCCUUAAUAGAAAUAAACUCAGGUAAGGUUUCAUUUCCCUUGUGAGACUGUCAAUGAUAAAAAUAAUUUAAUGGCUAAAAAAAAGGAAAUAAAAUGGAUCUUUCCUGAUCAGCAUGUUUGGGUUUUUUCCUUGUGUAUUAUGUGAUCAUCAGGGCCAUCUCUCAAGCUACAUUUGAUUUAGUGAUCUCACUUUAAAAUAUACAUCAUUUCAAUGAAGUUGCCUGCUAAUUGUUUCCAGGGAGAAUUUCAGAGCAUAAAUUUAAGCAAGACAAUAAAAAAUACAUUGUUGUAUGUAA